UUGGUUUGUGCCAAUGUCACUCAACAUACAGAAACUGCCAAGCAAGGUUAUGUGUUGUCAACACAAAUCUGAGCAGACUCUGCCUGCUGUCUUCUGUAUAUAGCAUUUAGCUGUGUAAUGUUUCUUAUUCAUUGCUGUGUUUCUUAUAUUUUGGGGGAUAUGUUUUAGUAGUAGGUCAGUUGUAACCUUUACUAGGAACAUAUUUAGAGCUAUAAUAUUGUGAAUUGUAAGCCCAGUUCACUGCAAUAUGGUGUUAAGCAAGAGGUUUUCUAAGGACAUGAGUCCAAUGCUGCCUGCAGUGGAAGAGGCAAAGGAUGCUGAGGAGGAAGAAGUCAGUGGUUCCUUAGGAAGGAUCCCUAGCAGACCACCAAGCAGACCACUAUCGCACCUGAGCCGGGGUAGCAUUGACAAUAAAAUUGUACCAAGAUCAGCUACAGCAAUGUCCGUGACUGAAGAAGAUGAGAAACAGGAAACUGAGGAGGAUAUACACCCAAAUGAAGAGACAGAAGAAAUUGUACCAGAAAAUCACCCUGAAGACUCGGACAUACCUAAAGACGAUCCUGAUGACUGGGACACAGACUUAGAAGUUGAAGUAGUAAAACAUUCCUAUGAUCCCUCUGGUAAAGCCAGAUACAUCUCAGCCUGCCAGCUAUUUGGCGUAGUUCCAGUUUCCUACUUCCUGCGUCAUAUGGGGGACUCGAAGCUUGUAAUGAGGCAUCAUGGGCUGGGUGCACAGGCUACUAAAGCGAUAGCUCUUUCUUUGGUCACCAACACAUCAAUUGUGAAUUUAGAUCUCAGUGACAACUGGCUGGAAGGAGAAGGAGCAGCUGCAAUUGCAGAUAUGUUAAAGGAAAACUGCUAUAUUUCAGAGUUACACUUGUGUGACAAUAAACUUGCACUGAAAGGUGCCCAAGCAAUCGCACUGAUGCUCAUGGAGAACAUAACCCUUCAGAAGGUGAAUCUGUCUGGAAAUGAGUUUGAUGAUCAGGCUGCUUCCUAUUUUUCUGAAGCCCUUAUGAACAAUCAGAAGGUGGAAUCUAUGGAUCUCAGCCAUAACAUGUUUGGAGAUGGAUCAGGUGAGAUUUUGGGGGCUGCAAUUGCUGAAAACACAGGAAUGCUGGAAAUAAAUCUCAGCUGGAACUAUUUUCGUGGAAAAGGAGCUGUAGCCAUUGCUAAGGGAUUAGGGGCCAAUAUUUUUCUGAGAGCGGUGGACCUAUCGUACAAUGGAUUUGGAAAUGAUGGAGCAACGGCAUUAGGAGAGGCUCUGAAGGUUAAUAAUGUAUUAGAAGAAGUAAAUAUCAGCAACAACCGAAUUGCCAUACAAGGGGCUGUACGCUUUGCAUUGUGCCUUAAAGAAAAUAAAACACUGAGAGUGCUAAAGAUGGCCAGAAAUCCAAUACAAAGUGAUGGAUGCUUUGCCAUUGUAAAGUCAAUUCAAGCAAACUCGGAGUCAGCCUUAGAGUCACUGGACUUCUCUGAUAUCUUUGUAAAUAAACAGUUUGAUGACCUGUAUGCUGCAGUAAAGACAACUAUGCCAAACUUAUCCGUCAGGCUUGGAGGAAAUUAUGACAUGUUUAAAAGAACAAUUCAUAAGGAAGAUCCUAUGAGCAAACUAAAAGAGUACGUUAAGAAAAAUAACCUGCAGGCAACUGAAUUGUUGACAAAAAUGGAUCAGAAAAACAGCAGCCUGGUGACUCAUGAAGAUUUUGAACACGACUUAACAAACACUGGGAUUGCUAUGUCCAAAGAAGAAAUUCAGCAACUGAUCAAUUUUCUGGACAAAGAAAAGAGUGGCAUGAUUGAUAUCAGUGUGUUUCACAAAGCCCUGUCUUCUUGAUGUGAGCUGAUGCCUUCUUCAGUGGAGCACUUUUAUUUUGAUGUUACUUGUUACCUUGUUUAAAUGUCUUCAGUUGGUAAUGUUUUGUUGAAAAGGGUCCUUUAAAAAUUACCAAAUUACCAUAAAGCUAUAAAGUCAGAUCACUUUGUGUCGAACCCUAUGAAAGUUCUACUGAACUCAAGAACUGGUGUAUUGACAAGCGGAAUCCGGAAAUUCUGCUGCAGCAGAGUCCAAUUUAUUUCAUUGGGAGUCUGCUGCACUGUGCACACAGAGGAAUUUCAACGUCAGAAACAUCUGCCAAGAUUUUCCAAUUCUGGUGUCCACAGAAACAAUGAACAGGUUACUGCGAAUUCCGCUAGGAAAUUUACAGCUGUCUAUGAAGCGGUCAUAGUCCUGCAAAUGUGUUUUCCGAGCUAACAUUCCGCACAUUUUACGCCAUGUGAACAUAGCCUUAGACUGCACUGCUGGCAGAGUGUCCGCCUAUUCAGUGUAACUUGUCAUUCAACUCAAACCUGCUAGUAAGUGUGUUUUACAAGCUCUUUGGAAAAAGUCUCUUUAAGCAGAUCUGUUAAGAAAUGUAAAAUAUGUCAUGUUUGUCACUAAACUGUUAUAUGACCAGUGGUUACAGUUUAGAUAUAAUAAAGUUCAAAUAUUCUAUGGCAGAAAUUACAGUGGAUACAUUCAACUUUUAUCAUGAACAGAUCACUAUAUUGUUACCAUGUUAAAGACCAUCAGAUUAUAUUUUUAUGGUACUUU